AUGAUCCGAAAAAGUGAUGCUUCCAAUCCGACGAUAGGCAGCCGCGAAACCGACGAGAGUGAGAGCGAAUGCAGAUGGGAUGCCGCUGGAUGGAUGGAUGCGAUGCGAUGGGCCCUGGGACUCGAUGGUGGCAUGGAUGAUAGGGAAGAAGAUUCCUUGUUUGGAGACAAUGUUCGAUCCCGUGACAGCACCAUCGGCCCUAGCCCUGUGCCCCGUGCCCUAUGCAGCUUCGAGGGGUUUGCAGGAUGCUUUGCUUCUGCUUCUACUUCUGCUUCAAUAAAUCAUCCCAGCAUGUAUACAGGAAGUAACUAG